AUGUACGGGAGAGCGAGCUCGUCGAACAAAUUUCGCUGGCUUCGUUUCAAAAUUUGCUGCUGCAACGUUCGGCUAAACCCGGUUGUAACUUUGUUUUCAGCUCUCAUCAUCUGGAGCUUUGUUAUUUGGUGCAUAAUUCAAGCACAAGCGGCCAACGAAGAGUUGGAAAAGUGGCGUGGAUGGAUAACGCUAAAGUGUACGUGGUUGUACAUCGGUACGCAGGAUAUAUGGGCGUUGUUUAUCGUAGUGCUUUAUGUGUCCAAGUAUUCAAAGUUUAAGCUCGGCAAACCGAACGAGAAGCCAGAAUUCAACGACGCCACGUAUUUUACCAUGCUUUUUGCUGCUGGAAUAGGAAUUGGUCUGUUCUACUUCGGAGUAGGUAAUGGUGAAGAUGUUCUUUACAUAAUACAAGUAAAUUGUCAAACAGUACUAGGCAUAGUUCCAUCUGAUUCUGUUACUAUAUCAAACCGCAGAGUCCUGAAUCUGCUUUUAGCAAUCGGUCAAAAGAACACACAUUCUCAGCGGGUUAUGAACACUACACCUCAAUAGCUUCCCUUCAAAUGUUCGCACUUCUAGGAUUUGUUUCAUAACUCAGAAGUUUUUUUAAUUCAUAAUUCAGAAGUUUAAGUUUUCACGGCGUAACAAACAGCGAUAAAAAACGCUGUAGUUUUCAUUGGAAUAAUAAUAAAGCUUGGUCAUAGUUUAGGAUUUCAUCCGUAGACUCAAAAGUUGAGAACCAAGAAAGAACUGCUCAGUAGCGUUCAGGAUUUAAAUGAUCAGAUUGCUUUUUUGGAUUUCAAUAAAUUUUUUAAAACUCUGUUCUUUCAGCGGAGCCGAUUUGGCAUUACGAACCUGGUCACUAUGGAAACCGUUACUUUGGAAGGUAAGUUUAUUUCCGUUUUAUAGACACGUCGAUAAUUAAUGUUAAACCCUUUCAAGUUAUGUUUUGUAUGCUCCUUUGACACCAAUAUUAUAUGACGAAUAAUAUUGAAUACGUGUAUCGCAGAACCUCGCAAAACUCGGGGGAGGAGGCCCGUAAAAUGUUAGGGGGGGAGGGCGGGAGAGAAAUUGGGUAAAUUGUGUAACUGGGGAAUGUCUAACUGUUUCAACACCCGCUCUAAUACUGAAUUGGAGGUGCGAUAUUCUCAAUCUCCUUUUGGUUGGAGUAAAUUUGAACCCAGUGCCCUGGCUUUAAAAAGGUUCUGGGACUUAAAUGGGGGAAGGUUGGCCAAAGUUGCAUAGGAAUCUUGUUCACCCCGUUUGACCCUCCUACUUGUGUAAUUAAUAUAGUCAAAAGGAAAUGGGUGUGAUAGUGGAUGACUGCAGGUUAAUACGCAGUUGCAUUUGCUUAAUAAAAGCUAACCCUAUGCCAUCUCUAGUAAUAAUUGUAAUAAUUACUUGUGAAGAAGUUGUCAGUAGUAGUAUCUGUUAUAGCGCGCAGAAACAAAUGUCAGUAAUUGGUUUUUAUGCUGUAUAUCAAAUAAUGACUGGAUGAAAUGGUAGGAGGUAAUGCUGCAGUGAAAUUGGAGAAAAAAUAUUUAUUGUUAGUGAACUAGUAACAGCAAUGAGAGUUUGUGUACUUGUCUUAGUACAUAUUCACACUUGACGUGUCACUGCCUUAAUCUAGUUAGUGCCUCUGUUUGGUUGAAAAUUUGCUUCAACUAAUCAAGAGUUUAUCAAGAGUACCAUUUUUUUUUUCUAAGAAAAAAAGCCCUGCCAGGGCUUUUCCCUUAACCCGCCCCACCCAUUUUUUUAAGGGAAAAGCCCUGGGGACGAGUUAAUCGGUCAACAGCAGGUUGGUCAGCAAUCAGCAGGCGUUGAGGCUGUUUUCGAGCCAAAAUUUAAACGAGACCAUUGAUAUCAAUAUUCUUAUCACAUCCUGGUUACUAGACGUAGUCUCCCGUCUUUUCACAGAGAGGAAAGAGGGGGUCUCCAGAACCCCUCACCUUAACCCCUCACUUGGUACGCCCCCAUAAUUACUCAUUGUUAGUUUUUAAAAUUCGUUAACCAAACGUAUAAAACCAUCGCUGUUCUUUAUGUUUUAGGAUGCGAACUAUUCAAGAAGUUUCCCUGUAAUCUACAAUGUUUUUUUUUUGUUAUAACUUCAGAUAUUCCGACAAUCAGCGCGCUCAAGAUGCUAUAAACUUAACGCUUUUUCACUGGGGUAUCCACGGUUGGAUUGUGUACGUAGUUGUGGGGCUCCUCUUGGCCUUCCUGAGCUACAGAAAAGACCUGCCCAUGACAAUAAGCUCUUGCUUCUACCCGUUGCUAGGAGACAGGAUCUACGGAUGGAUGGGUGAAUUCAUAGACGUCCUCUCCGUUGUGUGUACCAUGUUUGGUGUUUGCACCAGCUUGGGCCUUGGCGCCAUUCAGCUCAAUACUGGAUUUCAGCGACUAAAUAGCAACAUUGCUUUCAGUACAACAAACCAGAUUAUUACCAUCUGGGGUGUUACGGCGUGCGCCACGGUCUCAGUGGUCAGCGGAUUGAGGCUGGGCAUCAGACGGUUGAGUGAAGUGUGCUUUUGUAUUGGUAUGUUUUUAAUGUUGAUUGUCCUGUUCUACGAUGAUACGUGGUACCUGCUUAACCUGUAUGUACAAAGCGUGGGCUACUACCUGCAGUACGUGCUACAGCUGGGAUUCCACACAGAUGCUUUCGCUCAGCUCGGUAAUGCCCCGGAUCAGCUGGAGGCCUCCGAUUGGAUGAACGAUUGGACCAUUUUCUACUGGGGAUGGUGGAUAGCCUGGUGUCCCUUUGUUGGCAUGUUCAUCGCCAAGAUUUCACGCGGCCGCACAAUUCGAGAAUUCAUCAACGCUACAAUGGCAGCGCCCAUUCUCUACUCCUUUCUAUGGCUCAGCAUUUUUGGAGGAGUGGGUUUGCGCAUGGAACGAAACGCGGCACUGGCCAACAUCACGUGUUCAUCAGCCCUCGGAGGAAAAAAUUCAACUGAUAGUUUCCAUGGUGUAUAUCGUCUUUCGUGUCGAUCGAAGACAGAUAUGUGGUUUGAUGUGAUGGACCAAUAUGGCGAUCUUGGAACAUGCCUCUCUGUAGUUUCCCUGAUUGCAAUAAUUCUUUACUUCGUAACAAGCUCAGACAGUGGCUCGCUUGUCAUUGAUUGUCUAUCCGCUAAUGGUGAUCCCGACCCUCCCAUCCCUCAGCGUGUAUUUUGGGCCUUAACUGAGGGGGCUACAGCUACUGCUUUACUAUACGUUGGAGGAACCGAUGCUCUGCAAGCACUCCAGGCCGUCUCCAUAGCAGCUGGUCUACCUUACACCAUUCUCCUUUGCUUUAUGUGCGUGGCGCUUUGGAGAGCUGUUCAAAUGGAAGCCGAAGAUUUGGAUCCUUUCGGGCCACAGUGGAGGCUUUCGUUGUUUGCUCCAAUUAGCAGCCCCUCGUGGAAAAGUACCUAUAAGUUCCUAUUAGCUGUCUUGGCUCCCUGGUAUGUCAUUGGGCUUGCUGCAGAAAAGAGAAAAGCAAGUUCUUCGAAAGUUUUGGCAUGUAAUAUGGUACUUAUGGGGGUUCCUUUCUAUGCAUGGAUUGGCAUGAUGAUAGUAGAGUUAAUUCCUGUCAAGGGAAUCUCCUACGUAGGCUGGGCCGUCCUCUUCUUGUUCUUUGCGGUUGCAACAGCCAUCAGAACCAACAUCAGAGUUGCUGAUGGUAUCCAUGGCAACAUGGUAGAAGACUUCUUCGCGGUCAUGCUGCUAUAUCCCUUUGCCGCAUUUCAGAUGGAUCAACACGUGAUGUAUUGCCUGAACGAGAAGAGGAAAAAAGAAGACGCUGAGAAUGGUGGCACGUACCAGAACCCUGUUUACGGAAAUGUCGCCAGGGACGAAACUGAGGAAAAGGAAAUAACUGCUUUAUAA